AUGAGCGUUUUGCAUUCUCACUGGACGACUGUGUACAACCCUGCUUUCCAGCCAGACCAACCAGCGACCAAGUUUAGCGUGGUUCAUGACGCUCCCUCAUGCUACUUUGGUGGCAGCUACUGGGAUGAGGACAAGAUCCACGCGAACACGAGUGUGGCAGGAAAACACUGGCCGCCGCCGCUAGAGGCUAUCGCGAUUCGCAACCGAGGCAUCGUACCAAACUAG